AUGCCCGUUCCCAAAGUGGAUCCGGGAGUGCUGCACUUGGAGCAUGAAUUGCGCAGAGAGCUUUCCGAAGCAUUGGAGAUGCGCUUGUCACCAAUCUUGGCACGCUUGAAUGCCUUGGAAGCGCACCUUGUACAGAGCACGGAAGAGGAUGGACUAUUGGCCAGCAGCCGAGGGUCUGGGAGAAACACAGUCCCGACUCACAGCAAUUUCGAUGAAGCUGCCCGUCCACAGGCAAAAGCAUUGGACAUGGAAUCGGUUCUGCUACCACCUGUGCGGCAAGAAUCGGCGCCAUCCCAGGACCCAUGUGAACGCGUACAUGUUGGGGAAACAGUGUGGAACUUUGUUCUUGUGAUCGGCCUGCUGGACUGCGGCACCAUGGACACGUUGAUCGCUUUUGCCCUCAUGAUAGGCAAUGCAAUGAUGCAGGCCUUGUUCUGCAUCGCCAUCAUGUCGCCAGAAUUUCGGGGCACUGCCUUUGCCUCGCAGCUCGCUGUUGCGAAGAAGUGGCGCUUGGGUGUGGGCCACGAUUCGACUUACAUGGACAGCACGCCUACCAGCCUUGUUGCUCGGGUUUGUGGCAGUGAUGAAACGCUCAUUGUCGCAAACUCACAGGCGACUUUGGUGCGUGACAUCACCGCCUAUUUGGGCUUUGACAAUGCAGACGGAAGCUCCUGGUUUUCACCUGGGGCUCUCCUGAGCACCUUGUGCAUUCUACACUGGUGUCUUUACAUCUUCGAGGAGAUUCGGAGCAUUUGCUCGACGAUGCACGCAAUCUCCAAUGUGCCACGGGAUCAGAAAAGCGAGAUGCGAGGCGGUCGCUUGAUACGCAUCUCGUACUUCCGCUUUCUGUCAUACUUCCUGCUGACGGUGAUCCGGUCGUGCAUCGCUGCAGUGCUGCUCUAUGCAGGUGUUCUGUGGUUGGCAGGGACAACCUCGAUUGCAUCCUUGAUGGUGAACAGCGUAGCACUGGCGGCAAUAAUGGACAUCGACGAAAAGAUUUUCGCAGCACUCAUGCCCCGGCAAAUUCAAGUGGAAAUGGACGGUUUGCAACCUUUCACUGCGACCUACAGUCGCAGAUCCAGCCAAGUGGAAUCCAUGCUGUUGAGCGCAGUGACCGCAGGUCUACUGGCAUGGUCAUUCGUGUUCCUUAUCCACCCGCUCAGUCAAGAUAUGCGAGACGUGAAGGGUGAGUAUUGCGGUGGGAACCAAGACUUCGUCCUCAAAAGCAACGCAGAUGUUCAACUGUCAGUUGCCAUUGGAACGGUUCCCUAUGGGGAAGGAGGGGGAGAUCUGACGCUGAACAAUUUGGCGGUGCAUGAAAUGCUACAGGAGGUCCAUGAGAACAGCUUUCUGAAAUACACAGUCCUUGCCCAAACUCUCCGCGAUUUCGACAGGUGGUCUAGAGGGACGAUCAGUGACUGGGGCAUUGCUAUACUUCAUGGCUGCACCCAGUGGGAGGACAGCAGCUUCCUCGUGGCUGUGGCAGUUUCUCUCGGCUACGAGCCGAAAUCAGGCUAUGCAUGCAAUGACUUUGCGAGCGAUUGCCUCCGCCCAGAAGCCCGGCUGCUGCGGAUGCUGUGCCCGAAAACUUGCGGCUGCAAUGAUCCCAACCUUCCCUGGUUCCGGGUGUCCACGUUAGGCUGUCCACAACCUUGCCUGGAUGACGCGAAGAAAGCAUCUGCCAAGGUGCCGUGCAAAGACACGGCUGUUGAUUCGGCAUGGCAUCAAGCCUGGUCGUCAUGGCCACAGAUAUGGCUGACGCAAUUCAAUGGCAAUCCGAAAACUCGUGCCGGCCAAGAACGUUUAGCCGUACUGAGCAACAUUUCACGGCGAGCUCGUGAGAAUGGAUGCAGUGCCCUCUCAAACCUGGGCUUGCCCAAAGGAGUACCGUUCAAUGGAGACUCUGUUUGCCAGGGCUGGAACAUGCUCAUCUCUUCCUUGGCAAAUCUCUGCCCUGAGACGUGCGAAUGCACGAAGCCCGAGUAUGCUUUGGACCCGCAGCGUGGCUGCCCACGCAGCUGCGAAAGCCUUCCCCGGAAAAAGCAGCUGAGUGAGGAGCUUAUUGAACGAGCUGCAGCCGGUCGGCACCAGGAUGUUGCAAAGCUCCUCGAGGAAGGGGCCGAUACCGAGUUCGCAGACCGGAAUGGUUACACGGCGGUCUCUGAGGCUGCCAUGUCUGGCCAGACGGUGGUGCUCGGCCAGCUGCUGCGAGCCGGGGCGGACCCGAACAAGCCGGCAAAAGAUGGCCGAACGCCGCUCCAUCGAGCAGCCUUCCACGGCUGGAUGCCGGCUUUGAAGCUUUUGCUGGAGAACGGCGCGGAUCCCUCCUUGGCAGACAGCGAUGGGAAGACGCCAGCUGAGGUGUCGAAGAAGGUGGCAGUGCAAGACUUGUUUGCUAGCUUCAGCGACGAGCAAAUUCAGGAAGCGAUUCGUUCUCAGAAAGAGAAGAUGGCCCAACGUCCGCGCUAUGAUGAUGAUAUCUCGCUGAGCAAGCCAGCACCGGCACCUGAGGCUGCCGAAGUCCCGAAGAAGACACGCACACCCAAGACGAUUUACUACAAGGACAGGGCAGCGAACAACCAAGCCGACACAGGCAGCACUGACCAUAGUGGCACAGAAGAUCAGAAGCAGUUUCUCGAACUCCAUCCUACCUUAGACAUCAUUGCCCAGCCUGAUGGGUAUACAUCUCGUCCCGGAAACGCCGGAGGCUACCAGGAUGAUGUUCGGCUGCAAGGCGGAAGCCUAAUUGUCGAAACCUCUGAGGGGCUCUUUGCAAGCGAGGAGGUCGGGCAGAAGGUUUCUGAGAGCCCAGAGCAGAAGGCCGCGCUUUGGUUGCAGAACGUGGACGUGGACAUGCCGUUGGACAUGCAGGCCAUUCAAGCCGCAAAGGUGAAAGCUCAGGAGCAUUUCAACCAAGGCAGCAUCAGCGAUGCUCGACGAGUCACUACGGCGGCGAUCCGUGCCGGUGAGCUCCUCCUCGCCAAAGACACCACACUCGAGGAGAAGGCCAACGAAGAUUUGCAAUCCUUGCUGGGCAUCCUUCGAUCCAACCGCAGCCUCUUGCUGACACACCAGAUUCAGGCAGGAGACGAGGAGGUCUUGCAGUUCGGUCCCGAUGCUGCUUGGAGCUUGGUGGUCAAGGACACGAAUGCGGCAUUGAUGGAUAAUCCCUCCAACUUCAAAGCUAGCUUUCGGCGGGCACGUGCUUUGUUCGAGCUGGGAGAGUUGGAUCAGGCGAUGGCUGAUGCCACACGUGUAGUGGACCAUUAUGCUCGCAACACGCAGGUCUCUAAUCCGGAGGCGGUUGCAUUGCGGCAGAGCAUCAUGGAUGCUCUGAAGAAGGAGCGUGCAAAGUGGGGUGACAAGGGAGGGCCACGCUGGAACCGGCUUGUGAACGACAGUGGGGCAUUGAUCUCCGAGGUGAUAAAGCCAGAAAAUUGCCCAUCGACUUUUGAGAUACGUCGGACGCAGCGAUGGAGCAUGGCAGGGUCACAACUGUUCAACCGUGUAGCGAUUCCUCUUGAUGACCCGCUUUGCAAGCGCUUGGAGUCUCCGAAGCCCCUGGAUCUGACUGCCGAUCCGAGGGUGCAGGAGAGCAGAAAUGGGGCCGAGACUGCCCAGACGAGGCAAGCCAAGCUUCUGGGCAAUGAGCGGAGGAUAUCCAUCCUCUCGAUCACAGUUUCAGGUGCGCGAGACGCCUGCAACGGCAGCUACAAGUUCGAUGGCCUUCACCAAGGGAAGCCACUCUUCAAGUCUGACACUGGGGCCAUCAUCUACUUUCAACGGUUCUGGAAGAUGAAUGCAGCCUACAGGACGAGCUCUUGGAUGUACAGCCUUCCCGACAGCCGGACGGCCUUGCCGCCAGAGGGCGAGUGGACGCGCGAAGGGUCGGUGGAGAUGACCUCGGGAUCCGCACCGACGGUAACCCUGGUGGACGAGUGUUUCAAGAGCCUCGGAGAGCAAGGCAGCUCCUUGAGACUAGAAGGAGGUCGCACAGUGCUGAAGCGUGAGGAGAACAAGAGCUGGCGCUGGAUCGAGCUUCCUGUCUACGAGCAACGCCCCAGCACGCCUCCGGCGGCAGAGAAAGAAGUCGCAGAGGCGCAGGUCCCGCAAGCCGCUCUUCCCUCUUUGGAGGAGCUUUGUGCAAAGCUGGAUGCCGAAGAGACUUCGGACCGGCUGAACUUCGGCUUGCUUGGACACAUCGACGAAGACGAGGAGCCGUCUUCCUCACUCCCAUCGACCGGGUACUUCAGCUCAGACAUGAUCCGACAAAUGGGCCAAGGCAUGCUCGCGCAGAUGGCGCCGCCCCCGAGAGGUGAGCCUUGCAGCACCAGUCCGGAAGCAGCGGACGAGCCGCCGUGGCCGCUCGAGCAGCCUCGAGUCGGCAUGGCCGCACGAUUGAUGAAGUCCGACGCCGAGUCUCAACGAGGCGAUGCGGGCAACCUUCUGCGCAUGCAGCGCUCAGCCCAG